GAGUUGCUUACUUCAGAAGAUUUUGGUUACUUUUUAGAAAUGAAUGAGAAAAUCUAUGAUAUCUUUUUUGGUGUGAACUGCCUGCUAAUCUUAGUAAAUUCUCCUGAAAAUAUGUUUCAAUUCCCAAAGGCUCUGUUACCAAUAGAUCUUCUAUUUUAACAGGGCAACUUACUGAAACUUCCUUUUUUGUAUUCUUAUAUUUAAAUUACUCCCAAAAAAGAUUAUCUUGCUUCUUCCAAGUGUCCAUUCUCUGUUUUAAAUUACUCACAUGAGGUAGUUGUAAAUUCAUGGCAAAGAAGAAAAGCUGGUUCAACUUGCUGAAGAAAAUUUUCGUUUCGGAUUCAGAAUCAAGAUUAGAAAAGGGAAAAAGGAAAGGAUGGGUAUUUACAAGGCUAAAGAUUAGAAGAUUGGUGGCGACCUUGGCGUUGUCACCACCAAGGGAAAGGAAACUCCGGAAAGCAGAAGAGAAGCAGAGCAAGCAUGCUAUAAAUGUUGAUGUUGAAACAAUUAAUGAAUCUAAUGCAGAUGCUGAAACUCCAAAGGUUCAAGCUGAAAUCGCAUCCUUUAAAGACGGUGCUGAGUCUAUCCACGAGCCUAAAAAUGAAACUCUUGUAUUGUCAAAAUUGAAUCUUCAUGGACAAGAAACAGACUACUUCUACCUCUAUGUGAGAAGAAUUGAAAAUCUUGCUGCCAUCAAAAUUCAGACAGCAUUUCGCGGUUAUCUUGCAAGGAAAGCUUUGAGAGCACUAAAGGGACUAGUGAGGCUUCAAGCUAUUGUUCGGGGUAGGGCUGUUCGACGUCAGGCUAUUGCUACACUCAAGUCAUUGCAGUCAAUUGUAAACAUUCAAUCCGAAGUCUGUGCAAAGAGAUGUGACAGUCAGGUGAAAACUACACUACAUUGUCAAGAAAAUACGUCGCUGGAUCUAGGAGAGAAAGAUAUCAAGAUUGAUCUAAACAGCCAGAAAAGGUGGGACAAUCGAUAUUUAUCUAAGGAUGAAGCAAACAAGAUGUUCUCAAGCAAAAGGGAGGCUGCGAUCAAGAGAGAACGUAUAAGAGAAUACUGGUUAAGCCAUCGAAGGUCAACAGAAUCAGACGUAAAUGGAAGAAGGCGAUACUGGUUAGAACAAUGGGUAGAUGCUCAGCUGGCUAAAAGAGAUGACCUUAAAAACGUGGACACGCUUUUCUCAGCAAGAAACAGAGAAGAAUUCGAGAGAAAAGAAAUGAAAUCAAAGCCUUCUCUAAGACAAUACCAUACAGAUCAAGAAUUGGUUUCUCCAGUAUAUGUUCCAAGAAGAUCAUUUCACCACAGAAGACAGAAAUCAAGUGGGGAUCACGACAAUACUUUUAUGGGCUCUCCUUCGAUUCCAACCUACAUGGCAGCUACUGAAUCUGCAAAAGCAAAAGCAAGAUCAAUGAGUUCACCUAGGCUAAGACCUAUCAAUACUGAUGUCUACUCUGAGAUUAAUUCUCCCUACAAGUACAAACUAUCUCCCAUAUCUUCUAUCAACAGCGAUGCCACGGUCACAAGUAGGAUUGGCAGUAUGACAGGGUUCUCACAAAGAUCGCCAUGCUUAAAAGGCACACCUGGUCCCAUUAAAUCAACCAGGAUUGGUAAGGACCUUAGCUUUGGGUCAGAUGGGGCAUUUGCAAAUUGGGAUCGCAUCGGUGCCUGCAGUUGAUCGAUUGACUAAAAUGAAAAAUAUAGAUUGUAAUGUAAUAGUUGGAAUGGUUUGAUAAUAAUAUAUCUACUCUAAUGGUUCGUGUGAA